AUGCAGCGGUUCUUUCUUCUUGGGACUCUUUGUAUCAUCAGUUGCUUAGCCGAUGACAAGGUAAAAAACGCCACAGCUGCCGGUAGCUAUGGAACCUAUUACGACACCUAUAGUCAACCAGUCAGCUACGUGGUUCCUCCACCACCUCCACCGCCACCGCCACCACCACCGCCAAACUAUGGACCCUACGCCGGUUACCAGUAUGUCCGACUACCGCCGCCCCCGUUGGUGGACCGCGACGUAUGUGACCUGGACGCUUCCGUACUGCUUGUCGCACAAUCAAAGCGUCACGGACGUGAUGACCAUUACGGUCAUCGCCUCAAUCGCGCAUACCGUGUCAGGUGCUCAGUGAUUGCGAACUAUGACGAGGACUCCUGCAAUGUCUGCUGCCAACAUGCUGCACGAAGGGACAAGAAUCUUCAGAAUAAGCAAUUUGUCGGUUUCCUGGCGGUAACUGAAGAUUAUGAACCACGUCCACGAGAGGAUAGCCAUGAAAGGAGCCAUGAAGGAAGCCAUGAAAGGAGCCAUGAAAGGGAUAGCCGAGAGCACGACAGAGAUCCAUGCGAGAGCGGCGAGGAUAAUGAGUGUGAUCGUAGCAGAGAGAGGGUAAGCGCCUACCUAACCCUAGUUAAUCUGGCUGAUUUCAAACCAGGACCGUACUACAAAAAUGUGAAGUGCGUGUGCUGCGCCCCGAAACGUCCUCUACCGCCGCCACCUCCUCCAAUCUACCAAGCUCCACCCGUG